AUGAGGAAUCUAGACAUACAUGAAUCGUCUGUUUGGUCGCUGUAUGUGCCCGAGGAGCAAUCAGAUUUUGACAUUUUCUAUUCAGGUGACAAGAACGGCCUUCUAAUGAAAACGGAUUUACGAUCGUCUAACGUCUGCGACUUUGAUAUUUUCAACGAGGAUUACUUGAACUCUAGAAUGAAUCAAAAUCUUGGCAUAGCUACCGCACUUGCAGAUUUGAAUUCCCAUUCUGUACUCAAUUCGAACAGAAAUGGACAAUAUGAUAAAGCAGGAGUUCUCAGUAUUACAGGCUCCAGCAAUUCUAUAUGGGCCUCUAGUGCAAAUAGUGAUUUGGGAUUCAUUACUAAUUGGGCGAUUCCCAAGACAGACAAAUUGUUGCUCUACCAAGGCAUCAAGCUCAACAAAAAUUUGUCGAUGUUGAAUAUAACGAGUCGAAACUCAUUCGAAACCACCCGUGGGGAAAACCUUGACAUAGCUAGUCAACUAUCAAGUGAAAAUUUGGAUUACAUCGAUGAUGCUUUGAUAUCACAAAUGAAAUUACACAGGCCCACCUUUGAAGUUGGGGGCCCUUUAUCCGCUGCAAGUGGCUUGAGAAAUAUUACUACGAACGAUUCGGAAAGCGAAUCAGAAUUGGAUGAUGGACGGCAAUCAUAUUUCGUCAAUUUAAACGGGGGUCCAAGCUUUGAAUUCAUUAUCAAUGAUGAUUACGAGGAUUCAAUCCACAAUACAAUACGGAAUAAGUUUGGCAAAAAACCUUUAGACAUCCUCUUUCAAAAACUACCAGAUGGAUACGUUUCUGUGGUUCCUUACAAUUCCAAGCCGAUUGAGGUUUUGCGUGGAAAACAUGGAAUAAUUAAAUGCCGAAUGCUGAAUAAUCGCCGACAUGUGGCCGCCUUGGAUGAUGGUGGCAAGAUGUACAUUUUUGAUGUCAUAGAUUGCUCGCUUAAAAAAGAGAUACAUUUAUCUGAUCAUGGUAACAAAGCAGCACAAAUGGACAUUGAUACACUAUUUGACGAAUUUAUUCAAAGUAUCCAAACUAUGGAAUCUCUUCCGAUGUGGUGUAGCGCUCAUGCAAAAGCUGGGAAAUUGGUGAUUACUAUGGAGGAAUCAAAUUUUGCUAGCUGCGAUAUCUACUUAGACGAAUUUGAGAUGGAAUAUAAGAAUUUCAGAUUUGACUAUGAUGAAAAUAUGGAACCAGAAUCGACGAAGCUGAAUAUUGGAAAGUUGGUACUAAAGUCCUUAUUUCUUGGUUUUGCUGAUUAUGAGAGAGAUUCUCUCAGGACGAGAACUGCUAGUUUUUCUGGUAAUCAGACUACCAUUCGACGCGUUUCCACGAGUUCGUCGAAUGUAUUAUCGAAAGUUAUUAACAAAGAAAAUCUGGUUUCUCUGGCAAGUGUCAAUGACUCCAUUGGUGAGAAGUCAUCCGAAGUGGACAAGGAAAAGUCAAAACGAAAGUUCUUCAGCAAGGUCAAAGCUGCUUCUCCUAGCACGGCUUCUCCCUUGAACAAUGAGGCUUCUUCCACUGAACAGCCCAAAAAGUUGACGGAGGCAGACAUAUUGCCUAAUGUUAGCAGCUACAGUGAAUUACAAAACUAUGUCGCUUCAGGUCAACUCAAGCCCAAAAUCGAUGUUGAUCAUAACCCUGAAGUUACCCAGUCCAACGAUGUUCUUAUAGUCAUAAACGAAAAGGGUAAGACGGAAACAAAAGCUUUGUUCAGUUUCCGAAAAUCAGAAAUUGAAAUUAACUAUCAAGCACUUGAGAAGAUUAUGCCUUUAUGGGCUCUCAAAUACUUGUUAUUUGGUUACGCCACUGUCAAAGAAACUCCAAAAAUUGUAUUCUUACUUGUUCCCCAUCCGUCGAUUAAAGUUGAAAGUCUGGAAGGUUUCGAUUCACACCGCCUAAAUGCUUAUCAACAGUUACGAAUUGCAAGAGUGUGUGAAUUUGUCAAAGAAAAGCUACCGGAAUCAUUGCAGGAAAAGAGAAUCGAAUUAUGGUGUAAGGGUCAUAAGCUGGACCCUCGUAUGACUCUGCUUACGGUGAAGACUCGAAUAUGGAGGACAAGUGCAGACACUGAAUUAGUGUUCAACUUUGAAAACUGA